UAUGGAGGAUUUGGGAAGUGUGUUUGCAGGGAUGUGAUUGGCAAUUGCAAGGGGCCUGUUACAGUGUAGCAGUUCCGCUGGCUGUUGUAGUCUGCUGCUGCCGUCGCUGCCUCCGUUUCCCGGUGGCUCGUAGCUCUGGGCGGCCGGAGAGGGAACGAGAAUGCAUUUGAUUCAAUGCAGCGGGGAGCGGGCGGACCGGAGCUGGAGAUAGAGUCAGAGUCAGAGUCAGUCAGGAAGAUUGCAGGAGCGAUGGCCUCCGCCGCCGUGAGGCAACGCAAGGCGCAGCGGAUCGGGGAAGAGGAGCCCCCGCCGCCGGUCGCUGAGACAGAGGAGCCGGGCAUGGGUCCGGCGAGGAGCGGCCGCUCGGCCCUGCUGCUGCUGCUGUUCCUGUUCGGACUCGGGCUGGGACUGGCAUCCAUGGGCUGGAAAUAUUCCUUGGAUUACCAACGGGCCAAGCAAGAGGAUGCCCUGAAGUCACUUGGGAACGAAGGCUUGUUCUUGUUUUCCUCAUUUGAUGUCAACAACGACUUACACCUCAGUCCUGAAGAAUUUAAACCCCUAGCUGAAAAAUUAACAGGAAUCAGCCAAGCGCCCGACUAUGAAAGUGACGGAGAGACGGAUCCUAACGCGGAGACGUUGACAAUCGAAGCUGAGUUCCAGCCUCUGAUGCUGGAAACUAUGACCAAGAGCAAAGAUGGGUUUCUUGGAGUCUCCCAUGGCACCCUGUCUGGUCUGAGGAGCUGGAAAACUGCGGGAACGCCCUCUGCUGUGUUCAGCACCAGCCUGUUUAAGGCCUUCCUCCCUCUGAAGAAUACAUUUGAGCUGGGAGAGGCAUGGUGGAUCAUCCCCAGCGAGCUAAACAUCUACACCGGAUACCUCUCCAACAAUCGCUUUUACCCGCCGACACCACGAGGGAGAGAGGUCCUUAUUCAUAAACUUCUCGCCAUGUUUCACCCACGGCCGUUUGUAAAGACGAGAUUUGCCCCGCAGGGAGCAGUGGCCUGUGUCCGAGCCGUCAGCGACUUCUAUUACGACAUUGUGUUCCGGAUCCAUGGGGAAUUUCAGUUGAAUGAGCCGCCAGACUUUCCCUUCUGGUUCACGCCAGGACAGUUCACGGGACACGUCAUCCUCUCUAAAGACGGAUCGCACGUUCGAGACUUCUGGAUGUACGUCCCCAAUAGCCGGUCUCUGAAUGUGGACAUGGAGUGGCUGUACGGGACUGGGGACGGGGGCAACAUGGAAGUGGACAUUGGCUACCUGCCCCAGAUGGAACUCAAGUCUGCUGGUCCGUCAAUUCCGAGCGUCAUCGUGGACGAGAAUGGGAACGUCAUCGACAGCUUAGACCCCGCAGGGGAGCCCAUUCAGUUUGUUUUCGAGGAGAUUAUCUGGCAGCAGGAAUUCAGCUUCGAAGAGGCCGUCGGGAAACUGGAGACUACUUUUUAUCCGUUCAAAAAGGUUUCCUACCAUCCCUUCAUCGAAGCCUUCGACCGGGCCAAGGCAGAAGACAAGCUUGUGCAUUCCAUACUACUUUGGGGGGCACUUGAUGACCAGUCCUGCUGAGGUUCGGGGCGGACUCUUCGAGAGACCGUUCUCGAGAGUUCGCCCGUUCUCUCGCUGCUGAACGAGAGCUUUGUCAGCAGCUGGGCCCUGGUUAAGGAGCUGGAGGAUCUUCAGAGCAACCAAGGCAAUGAAAAGCAUGCCCGUUUAGCAAGCCUGCAUUUAGAACACUAUAACUUUCCUGUUGAGAUGAUGAUCGCUUUACCAAAUGGAAAUGUGGUUCACCACAUCAAUGCAAACUAUUUCCUGGAUGUUACUUCCAUGAAGCAAGACGAGAUGGACAAAGGCCUCUUUACCUCUUCACGGUUCGAGGACCCUUCCACUGCAGCUUACGUCCAGUUUUUGAAGGAAGGGCUCGAAUUGGCCAAGCAGUUUGUACCGUCAUAACAUCGGAAUGAAACUAGGGAGUGAUCUUGCUGCUCCUCCUCUGCAUGCCUUGGUGCAUGGACCUCGCUAACUAAAUGCCCAGGGAACCCAGUAAGUCGGACUUCAGAAAACCAAAUCGGAAACCCUGAAGCAGACGACUUUUGUAGCUGAAGUCUGUAUGAGGUAUAUGUUGCUCUUCAACCUCCUAAGAUAAUGAAUCAAUCGUUCUACGUAAAUCUUGCUGGGCGGAAUGAAGAGCUACAGUGAGAAACUAGUGCUGCUCGAGUUAUCACUGAAAGAUUUCAUUGUCGCUUUACGAACUCUCCUUCUCCCGUUAAUAGUCGGAGAAGAGGAAGUGAAAGAAAGAAAGUCAAUUUCAACACUUGUAAUCAGUAUUAUUUCAGGAACUUUAUUUUACAUUCUCACCUCUUUUUCUGGUAAAAUUUUAAUGAUUCCUGGCAGGCUCCAAGACGUCAAUGAAUUUCAUAUUUCCCGCUCAGUAAGCAGCGCUGGUGAGAGUCAGUUUCUGAAUUAGUUCCUCACUGAAAGGGACUUUGAUUAUUGGAGCUUGAAUCCUUGCCUCCCUGCCCUCUCCAUCCUUGUUCCCGUAUCAGGAUAUUUGAGUGAUUUGCUUGAAACCCCGUUACAACUUCAGGUCCCAAUACUUUUUUAAAUUGCCUGCUUUGAAGAGAUCUUGCUCCUCCAUUACGCAAAUGUGCGGCUCAUUAAUGCUGUACAUUCUCACCUGCUCUGCAAGGUCAACAGAGGGGAGGGCAGAACGGGAGAGAGGUCCAAAUACUAGGUGUCAAAUGCUAGAUUUUAGCCCCCAAAGUUUUCAAUACAAGCUCAUUUUGUAAAGGUUAAGGUUCAGAUAAGGAGCAAAAAUGCAAGAGGCUGGUUUGGGGCAUAGGAUCUGUUUGUCUCCAGCCCCUCAAAAUUGUUUCAGUCAAAACAAUUGGCACAAAACGUGUGUUGGCGUAUACUUGUAUUUUUUUUUUUAAUGAGACUGAUUCUAGUUAGCAGGAAGACCACUCUUUAUAAGGCCCUCAAAGUCAGCAACUAUGCCUCGUAGCAGCACCCUUUAUCUGUUACAACAUCUUGAAAAAGAGAGACUGACUUGUGACAACUUUUGCAAACUGGAAGGUGUACUUAAUAUAC